AUGAACGAUAUUGACUGGUCAAGACUUGAGUCCAAGUCAGUGCUGUUGACUGGCGGAGCGUCUGGUCUUGGUCUGGCAUCUGCUAGAUCAUUCGCAGCUGCUGGUGCAUACGUCACAAUUGCAGACAUACAAGACGAAGCAACAGUCGGACACGCUCUUAUCGACGAGUUCACAAAACUCGGACAGCAUGUUAACUACGUUCGCUGCGACGUGACCGACUGGGAUAGUCAAGUCGUGAGUUUUCAGUCUGCCGUCAAUUUUAGCCCUAAUAAGGUCCUCGAUGUGGUGGCCAUGUUCGCAGGAGUCACUAGCGAACCUGGAAAUAUCAUGGAUCACAUCAUCAAGGUCAAACUCGACUUAGAUGCCAUUCCGGAGAAGCCCGAGAUUCAGUGCUUGGAAAUUAACCUGAUCGGUGUAUACUACUCUGCAUACCUCGCGUUACAUUACUUCCGCUUCGAACCACAGGCGCGAGCAGAUUCACUGGAUCUAGCCUCACUCGAACGUACCAAAUUGGAAGCUCAGGACUCCAUGGCACAACGACCAAGCACAACUGAGGAUACCCACCCUGAAGGAACCAGUACCUCAACAGAGCCAAAGUCGACCAAGUCUCUCAUCUUCAUCAACUCGCUGGCCGGCUACAUCGAUCUUCCAAAACACACAACCUACAGUAUGAGCAAAUUCGGUACUCGUGGCAUGUUCCGCAGUAUCCGAGGAUACGCGAGAAAAUGGGAUGUUCGCUGUAAUCUAGUCGCACCAUGGCACAUCAAGACACCAAUGACAGAAGCCAUUCAAGCCUUUAUGAGAAAAUACAAAGUGCCAGAGGGUCAGGGGAUCAAUUGGGCCGACAUCCGAGACGUGGUGGAUGUCGUCGGAAAAUGUGCUGUGAGUGAGGACCUCAAUGGUCGCGCUUUCGCCAUUAUGCCCGAUGGGAUUUUCGACCUAAAGGACGAUCUUGAGACUGGUUUUGGCGGAGAAGAGUUGAUCGGGAUCAUGAAGACGCGUCGCGAGGCUGGCGACACAAUUGCCUGA